AACAUAUCACUUCUCUUAAAAUGGCAACCACAAAGACAUUGUUUUAUAUCUUUGCCUUUAUUUUUUCACUGCACCUAUCCCCUGCACACACUGGCAAGAUCCUUGUGGUACCAGUGGAGGGGAGCCACUGGAUUAAUAUCAAAGUACUGAUGAUGGAAUUAUACCAGCGAGGGCACAAAUUAACUGUAAUGAGACCUUCCAAUAGUAUCUACAUUGAUGAGUCUUCUGAUCAUUUCAAGGUAGAGAACAUCCGCCUCUCUGAUGAUCAUGCACUUUCACGAGAACAAUUUGAAGAGUAUGCCCUUAACUGGAUACUUUCCAAUGCCUUCCCUAAAGACGUCUCAUCAUUUUCCACAGCUUGGGAGUUCAUUCGAACAAUUGGGACAGGAACUCAGACUGCCACCGCUACUCUGACUGCAGUGUUUGAAAACAAAGAGUUGAUGGAGCGUUUGAGGACCUCAGGCUUUGAUUUGGUGCUUGCAGACCCCUUUAAUGUAGGAGGGGUGAUGCUGGCUAACUACUUGAAGCUACCUCUGGUAUUUUUUGGAAGAUGGAUGCCUACAGAAGAUAUACACUUUGCGAUAGCUCCUUCACCUCUUUCCUAUGUACCUGUGAUCCACUCCAGGGUAACAGAUAGGAUGACCUUCCCAGAGAGGAUCAAGAAUGUUCUCCUGUACACCAUGUAUUUUUUAGCCAGCCGAGUACUGGUGUAUCCUGUCUAUGAUGAGCUUUGUAAGCGCUACCUUGAUUCUGAAGUCAGUGUAUUUGAGUUGUACCAAAGGGCCGACAUAUAUCUAAUGAAAGUAGACUUUGUCUUUGAAUUUCCACGACCAACCAUGCCCAAUGCUGUCUACAUUGGUGGCUUCCAGUGCCAGACACCAAAACCUCUACCCCAGGAACUGCAAGAGUUCAUGGACAGCUCAGAACAAGGGGUAGUGGUCUUCUCUCUAGGCACUCUGGUGAAGACCCUACCGCUAAAGAUCGCCAGAGAGAUUGCAGCAGGUUUAGCACAAUUGCCUGAACGUGUUAUUUGGCGUUACACUGGUGAAAAGCCAGACACACUAGGCAAUAACACCAAGACCAUGACCUGGCUACCACAAAAUGACCUGCUAAGCCAUCCCAACAUUAAAGCCUUCUUAAGCCAUGGUGGUGAAAAUGGUAUCUACGAAGCCAUUUAUCAUGGGGUCCCAGUAGUUGGUGUCCCUCUCUUUGGGGAUCAGUAUGAAAACAUUCUACGCCUUAAGGCAAAAGGAGCUGCUGUAAUGCUGGAUAAUUUGCUGGAUGUCACAUCAACUGAGAUAUUCAAUGCGGUUCGUUUGGUUAUUGACAAUCCUUCCUACGGAGCUGCUAUGAAGCACAUCUCCAAACUACACAGGGACACACCGGUAUCACCACGGGACACUGCUGUAUUUUGGACAGAGUUUGUGAUGCGCCACAAUGGGGCAGAACACCUACGAGCAGUGGGUAAUGACCUACCAUGGUAUCAAUACUAUGUCCUGGAUGUCAUUGGGGCUCUUGUGGCCACACUUGCAGUCAUUAUCUACUUGUCAUGGAAAGUAUUGGGUGCUAUCAUAAAGAUAUGUCUCAGGGGAAGGAAAAGCAAACAAGACUAACAUUCUUUGUGUAAGUUUUACAUGCCACAGCAUACAAUGUAUACCAUCAUUUUACCUUGUCUGUAAUUUAUCUGUCUAAGGAUGCAUAUUCACAGGAAACGAUAUUGAUGUCAGCUUGUGUAUUAGACAUUUUAAAGUAAUCUUAAAGACAGUAUAAUCCUUCUAGACAGGCCCAUCUUUAACUUGGAGCAAAACUUGUUGUAUGCAGAGCAAUUCUGGCCCUCAGAGCUUUUACAUGUGGACCUCAGGUAAGAGAGAAUAUGUAUCUUUAAAUAAAACAUGUAUGCACAUGAAA